ACCUGCACAUGCGCAGUCCCCGCUGAGUAACAGCAGUAGAGUAAUGAUGGCGUCCUCAGCGGCUCGCUGCUCCACACGUUGGAUAACAGUUGCUGUGUCCUCCGGUCACCGUCGUGCUUCUUGUGCUCUGGCCCCUUCUUCUAAUGGAGGCUCAAGAAGUCUGUCGACUUUUGGAGCACAGAAAAUCUGGCCGGAAAGCAAUGCAAUGCGUGGGGGCACGGGGAAUGCGUUGACAUUGAGAGGGCUGUCAGUUCCAGGUGUUAAAUCUCCCCAUGUCAUCUGCACACUGUCCUUCCACACAAGUGCCCCAGCCUCCAACAAACAGGACUUCUACACGGUGCUGGAGGUACCACGCACUGCCACCCAGAAAGAGAUCAAGAAAGCGUAUUACCAGAUGGCUAAGAAGUAUCACCCUGACACCAACAAGGAAGACCCUAAGGCCAAGGAGAAAUUUGCUCAGCUGGCUGAAGCUUAUGAGGUGCUGAGUGACGAGGUGAAGAGGAAGCAGUAUGACACGUACGGGGUGGCAGGGUUCGAUGCCAGCCAGGCGGGCGGUGGUGGACACCAGCAGUACUGGAGUGGACAGGCCAACAGCGUGGACCCAGAGGAACUGUUCCGCAAGAUCUUUGGGGAGUUCUCUGGAAGCCGUGGCUUCGGCGACUUCAAUACCGUAUUUGAUCAGCCCCAGGAGUUUAUCAUGGAGCUGACCUUCACCCAAGCUGCCAAGGGGGUCAACAAAGAGAUGGCGUUCAGCACUGAGGCCAGCUGCCAGCGAUGUGAUGGCAAAGGGAGCGAGCCUGGCACCAAGGUUGUGCACUGCCACUACUGCAACGGCUCUGGCAUGGAGACGGUGAACACGGGCCCCUUUGUGAUGCGGUCGACGUGCCGUCGGUGUAAUGGGAAAGGCACUGUGAUCUCCACCCCAUGUAACUCCUGUCACGGGACCGGACAGACCAGACAGAAAAAGACAGUCAUGGUGCCUGUCCCAGCAGGUGUUGAGGACGGUCAGACGGUCAGGAUGCCUGUGGGGAAGAAGGAGGUGUUCAUCACGUUCCGGGUCCAGAAGAGCCCAGUGUUCAGACGGGACGGAGCAGACAUCCACUCUGACGUGCUGAUCUCUGUGGCUCAGGCUGUACUGGGGGGCACGGCCCGGGCACAGGGCCUCUACGAGACAGUCAACCUCUCGAUCCCUGCUGGGAUCCAGACAGACCAGAGGAUCCUCCUCUCUGGGAAGGGCAUCGCACGGAUCAGUGGCUAUGGUUACGGAGAUCACUACGUCCACGUCAAAGUCCGAGUCCCCAAGAUCCUGACAGACAGACAGAAAGCUCUGCUCAUGAGCUACGCAGAGGAUGAGACUGAAGUGGAGGGGACAGUCAAUGGUGUCACAAGCACCACUGCAGGUAAAAGGUCCACUGGGAACUGAGGCGAGUGUCCGAGGGUAGAGAGAGGAUGCCCUAAGAAGACAGCCACAAGGGGAGACCAGAUAUGGGGACGGGGUGGGGGAGUGUUGGAGGGAUGAUGUCUACUGUAUCCUACUCUGGCACUGGACAACACUGGUUACCCCAGAUCUACCUUCACAGAUCUCCUUUCAUCCUUGAUCAGUUCCCUAGCAGUGGAUGACAACGGACUGAAACAGGACCACAAACCCAAAUCCAAGAGGAAAUACGCUCUGGAAGUACCAGGAAGUGACUGCCCCUUAGACUUGUAGUUUUUUGGAUGGUGUUCAAUGUGCAAAACUGUUGCGCAAUGGUCUUCAAGCACAAACAUAUCAUAAAAGGCAUCGGGCAGAAGUAAUUUCAUCCACAAAUAUAAUUAUACAUUUUAAAUGACCGCAUGUUCAAAAGAUUAGGGUACGUGAUCUGGAAGUAAAGCGGACGGGGCGGCAACUUUAACAGGGUAUUCCAUAGAUUUUCCAAAUGUUCCUGUCCAUCAGAUUCCUAACCGUGUGAUAGCAGCGCAGUCAAACAGUCACUCAAAGUAUGGUCUGUCUGCUGUCUUUGAGGAAUGCACUGUUGCCAGUGAUGGCCAAAAAACCUAUGGAUAUACAAAACAUUAGGGACACCUCCCUAAUAUUGAGUUGCACCCCUUUUCCCUCAGAACAUCCUCAGUUUAUCAGGGCAUGGACUCUGCAAUGUGUUAUGCAUUCCACAGGGAUGCUGGCCCAUGUUGACUCCAAUGCUUCCCACAGUUGUGUCAAGUUGGUUGGAUGUCCUUUGGGUGGUGGACCAUUCUCGAUACACACAAGAAACUGUUGUGUGAAAAACCCAGCAACACUGCAGUUCUUGACACUCUCAAACUGGUGCGCCUGGUACCUACUAUCAUACCCUGUUCAAAGGCACUUCAAUAUUGUCUUGCCCAUUCACCCUCUGAAUGGUACACAUACACAAUCCAUGUCUCAAUUGCCUCGAGGCUUAAAAAUCCUUCUUUAACCUGUCUCCUCCCCUUAAAUGUACCCUGAUUGGAGUGGAUUUAAGUGUCAUUAAUAAGGGAUCAUAGCUUUCACCUGGUCAGUCUGUCAUGGAAAGAACAGGUAUUCCUAAUAUUUUGUACACUUAGUGUAUAAGAAUACUAAAGCAUAGAACAUCUAUAUUUUAUUUAAAAGGCCUCUGCUGCAAUAAGGAACUUUGUUUUGGUUGAGAUCCUCCUGAUUUAAAAAAAAUGUGUAGUAAGUUUGUUCUGUAAAGUUAACUCUGUCUCUAUGCUUCCUAUGUUGCUAGCCACUGCAACCAGUUGUACCAACCUAAUAACAGCAUUAGUACUGUCAAACAGCUACGGUGAGAUAAAGAGGAAGUUGUCUGGCUGAUAGACUUUUCUGUUACAUAAAAAGUGUGUAAUGUGUGUGUGGAGAUGGAUUUGGGUCUGAGAACCCAGUCAUCUAGGACAGGCAUGAUUCACCAGUUGGAUCAGAUGUGGCUGACCCUCUGCUCUCUCGAUGAAUCUGAGAAUUCAAAGCUGCACACUUUCAUGUACCCCCAUUCUGCCUUGUUAUAUUUGUAAAUAUACAGCUGUUGAUAUUGCAACUGUACCAAUGUGUCAUGUUAGAGAAAUAAAUAACAUAUCUAUAAUAAAAGUGAAAUCUAAAUGAA